AUGCUUAUUUUAAACUCUUAUCAUUAUGCUUAUUAUUUUGUGCUCAUCUUAUUUAUUUGUGGUGUUAGUGCACUUCCUAAACCCAAAAUUGAUCGUCUUGUAGUAGUUGAAGACAUUUCACCCACUCCCGAUAAAAACGUAGAGGGAAUUUCAGUUACGUUAGUAGAACAGGGAACCUUUGAAGGAAAUCUUCCAAUGCUCAAAUUUAAUAUCCCGGAAUUCGAUCUCCCUCACUUUCAUAAUUUUAAACAAAAUCCAUUCCACAGACCCAUGUUUAAUCGACAUUCUGGUUUUCAUCACAUGCAUCAUAAUCAAGAUUGGCUUUCUCAUGGAUUCCCACUUCCUAAUCAAUUGGAAUCUUUGAUCGAUUUUAGCAACAAGAAACCCGAAUUUUUGUUGUCGAUGCUCAACUUGUUGACAAACUCCUUAGAAAACAAUGUCGCUUUAGAUCAAAAUGUUUUGACUGAAUCUAAAACGUCUCUAACUUUGGAUCAUGAUUUAUCACAAGAUGAUUCCAACUUGGACGAUUUGGAUACUCCGAAUAUUGACGAUUUACAUUUUCCAUCAGCUGAUCAAACUUUGGUUGACGAUAACGAUGAAUGCUCUCUCGACGAUACGAAAAUUGAAGAAGAUAAUUUAGAACCCGAUUCUUAUCCGACAAAAUCAUCGUCGUCGAUUCCAACUACGACUGAUGUGGCGAUAUGGGGUGCAACUUUUGAUCUAUUGAUCGACUCUCCUCUGAUUUCUCAACCUCAGGAAAAACUAACGAUGCCGUCUGAAACACACUACUGGGAGACGAGCCGUUCUGAACUUCCGAUACGACUAAAUCGAAUUUUCCACGACAUGCUUUAUUCUGCUGGCCUAUUUGCAUUGGUGUUGAUUUUGAUGCCUAUUGCGUCUAAAUUUAUUCGCGAAUAUAAGGAUAAACGUAAUCAUUAUGCUCCGAUGAUUUUUUGUGUGAGUGAUGAAAAAAAGCUUGAGAAAAAAUGA